CAAGAAUUAUAAUAAUAUAAUAUGGCGCUAUUAAAGGGAGAUAUUAUGAUUAACGUGGUUUCCAAUAGCGGAGUUAUAUCCUCGCGCGAGUGCAACUGCAGAGGAAGAAGUGGAAACGAUUUGCAGAUGAUGAACACGGAUGGUGUUACCAACUACGGGGUUAUGACGACGCGCAAGUGCCAAGGAGAAAGAAGUCCACAAACUGUUAAAAUAAAAAGCUUUAUGAACUAUGGCCAAUUGGUGCUGCACAAAUGCGGCUGCAACUCUGAUCUGGUGGAGAUCAAAGAAUUCUUUAACCACGGAACCUUGAUUGUCUGCAGGAGCACCUGCAAGGCCUGUAAGCCCAAAGAAGCCCCUGCAAAUUUGUCUAAAAUCGAACCCAAGGAACUAGGCGUGCCUCCCCAAAAAGCCAUAGCAGCUCCAUUGGACUUACGUAAUCCAACUGGUAAACUUAAUAGUCCAGAGGAACCAUCAUCAUCUUCCGAGAAUUUGUCAAAGAAAGAAAAUGUUAUCAUCCUUGAAAAAAUUCUGCUACAAAGGAAAGAGUCCGCUAAAACUGGGGGUAUCGGUCAAAAUCCACUAUAUAUUGAUAUCCAACCUAAAAUAACCGAUCUCCUGAAAAAUACUGCAAAUUCAACAAAGUUGAUUUCACCUGAUAACGCACUAAAACGUCCAAUGGAAGCCACAGAAAACAUAGAAAACCCGCCAAAAAAGCUUUGUUUGGCUCCAACUUCAGAAAAUUUGGUUUCAUCUACUAGUCGGAAAUCAUCUAAUACAACUGAAGUUUCAGGAGCCGAGGCAAAUCCGCCAAAAAACCUAUGUUUGGCCCCAGCAAGCAACUCUAUCGACAAUUUUUCGCCACAGAAUCUGGGAUCAUCCAAAGCAUCUGCUAUUCCGGUCCAGAAAAGUCAUCAAUCUCAAAUUCAAAUGUGCACCAUUUGCGCCAACGAUUUCCAGGAAUAUGUAAACGAUCCCAAAAACGCUAAAUUGAAGCAUAAAACUUCAAAAUUGAGGUGUCCUUACUGCUUGAACAGUAAGGUCAAUAAGACGCAACUCAGCAAUCACAUUGCCACCUGUCAGGAGGAACAGAAGCCCUACCAGUGCCUCGGAUGUCCCUACAAGUCCACCAGACAAAUUAGUAUUACUGUACACUCUACAACUUGUUUCUAUCUCAUGGCCGCAAAACUUUUCCAACAACGUUGCUUGCUAAAUCACUGCAGUAACUAAGAAAGCGCAGAUUA